AACAGUCUUAAUGCUAACGGUUCAUUUCAUUCAGAUGCAGUCAGUCAGUCAGUGCAGUCAAAUUGACAAAAGUCGGCAAAAAAUAAAAUCCUUUUAUAUUCGUGUUAUACAAAAUAAUUAAUGUUGUGAAGUGAAAAGACUUUAUUUCCUUAAAAUCGGAUCUAUAUAUAGGUACUUAGUUAAAAUUUGUGAAAAUGAGCGCAGAACUGAUAACGAACGCUGGAGCCGAAAUCCGUGAUAAUUUGGUGACGACUGCAGUAAAAUUCUUAACAAAUCCAAAUGUGCAAAGAUGUACACUGGAAAGCAAAGAACGCUUCCUUCGUAGCAAAGGUCUGACCGACUUGGAGAUACAGAAGGCCAUAGAGAAAUGCGGGGAAAUGAUGGAUUUACCAUCGUUGACGUCUGAACUCAUGUUCUUCCAUCACUCAAGAAGAUCCUGGUUCAGAGACAACAUUCUGCCGUUGAUUGUCUAUGGCGGAUUUGCUUAUGGCUGUUAUUGGUUUUAUAAAAACUGCAUCCGGCACCUACUCUUCGUUGAAGAGCCGAAACGCAAGUCCACAGCGGAGUGCAUAGACGAACUGCGCAAAUCACUGGACAUCCUGAACUCGAACGUUUCUUCUUUAAGGGGUGAGAUGCAGACUUCGGUGCAACAGAACGCCCUGCGCAGUCAACUCGACAAUAUUAAAUCUGACAUAGCGUCGGUAAAAGGAAUAUUGCUCAAUAGGAACCAGUUCCCGACGAUCAAGACUCGUUCUGAGCCACCUUCGAUACCGUCAUGGCAACAGCAGUCCCAGGAAGCGACGUCCACGGAAGCAGCAGGUGACGACAAGAAGAAGUCGCACAGAAGUAGAAGCCAAAGGUCCGAGUCGGGGGGCUCCAACUCCAGCGAGGGUGAGCAGGCGACGAAGAACAGCGAUAGCAGCCUUGAAAUCAUGAGCAUGCCAUCGACUGAUAAAAUGAGAGAAAAACCUAAGAAGCCUUUAUCAGCAUAUAGGAUGUGGUUAAACAGUUAUAGAGACACGUUAUUUGCUAACUUUCCCAAGUUAAGUGUAACAGAGAGAGCCAAAAAGGGGCAUGAAAUUUGGAAAAAUUUGCCCCCGAGCGAGAAGAGUGCAUGGGAACAUAGAGCUGCGACCGCUAGAAAAGAGUACGAAGUGUUUUAUGAUGAUUUAUGAAGAUAUAGAAGCGUACGCGGUUCGAGAUUUGAUUAUUUUAACAUGAAAAGACAUCAAUAUCAUCCGACUACAGUGACCUUCAUUUAUAUUAUUAGAAUAUAUCCAAUUAUAAAAGGAUGCGGGUAGUGGUAUGUUUAUAGUACAGUCAAGAAGUAAAGUUCAAGUUUUGUGGCAAAUUUCAUCCAAAAACAAUGUAUUGUAUGAAAACUGUAAAGGAAAAUGUUUGGAUCAUAUGCUUUAUUGAAAAUGGUACAAAAAAAAUGUCGAAGUUAAAUUGAACUUACUGUCUAGUCUCAAUUUAUAAUUUAUUUAUAUAUGGAUUGUUGUAUUCGACUGUAACUAUUUUAUUAUAUGAAAAAAAAAUGUUCUAUUUCCUUAGUGAAAUCCAUUUUUCUUCAGUGUAGUUUCUUGUCAUUCUUCCACUCUCUGUUUUAUUUUUUAAUUUUUUUUAUGAAAAUCUCAUUCAAUCAUUUAUUAUUUACAUUCCUUUGGAUAACUUUAUGUCAUGGUACAGUUACAAUAUUUCUGGUAGUAAUAAAGACAAGGAUUAAAAUUCCUGCAAGCACAGAAAAAAUCACCCCAAAACCCACUUUUUGUGUUAAAAUUUGUGCCUGUUUAGGAAAAAGCAUGCCAGCUCAGUAACUUCCAUGAAAAUUCCGUUUGAAAUUGUUAGCUGUUCGCCUUUUUUCCAUUGUAUACUUAUAAUUUGCCAUAAUUAUUUAUCUUCACGGAUAUACAGCUGUCUAAGUUUUGUAUAUAUGUACUUUAACAGACUAAUUUAUUAUUUAAAUUGGUAUUUUUAUGCUUGCUACCAAUUUUCGAAACGAUGUAUCAUACAUCUUAUCUUCAUACAUACUUUAUAUCAUCAUGUUGUUUUGGUUUUAUGUUCUUGAAUUAUUCAAUAUGUAAUUUUAAAAUAAAUAUUUUAGGACAAUUAAUGAUAACUGUUGUAAUUUUAGAAUAUGUGUGUACUGGUAGUUUUUGAGAGAUGUACGUCUUUUGUAAUGUAUGAAUGAAUGUGAAUUUUACUAAUACGGGGCAUAUUGUUGAAUAUUUUCGAUUUAGAUUUACGAGUAUCGAGUCCAAUUGGCUUAGUAUGUAUUUGCCACAAAAAAAAACCUUUUGUAUUUUGGGUAUUCUCUUCUUCCUCCUGGCGUCAGUCCCAGUCACAUCCUCACCUCUCUGGAGAGGAGCCUGGGGUGAGCCUUUUGAUUGAGUGAGUCAGGUUUCGACGUGACAAAGUCUUAUAAUUCGAUUGAGCCGGCUGCACGCACGAAAAAGCAUGACUCAUGCGGCGUUACCUCGCUCUGAGGCGUUCCAUAUAAGGUUUGAAGUGCAAGCGAGAGCGCGGAACGAGCGACAAAGAGGCACAAUUGGCCUUCGCGUUCGGCAGCGUAUACCUCCUUCUCUAUAUACAUACAAAUCUAUUAAACAAAUGAAUUUUUUAUUAAUGCUUAAUUAAUCAGUAUUUUCUUAAGACGUUGUCACAUUCAACUAUCGUCAGUAAACCGACUUUACAGACAACCUAUUUUUACACGAAGUUACUCCCAUCCUAACCUAACCCUAACCUAUAAGGUAUAUACGAGGCGUAUAAUUUGUAUGUAAGUCGCUGUACAGUGAGAUCCAUAAAAGUCUGAUUGCAGUUGAUUGAUUAGCAGAGAUUUAAAUCUUACUGAACAAUGACGAACGACACAUGUUUAUAGCAAAUUGAAAAGUAAUGAUAUGUAUCGCUUGAUUAUUAUUACUAGCAAAAAAUGCUAGAUUUUUUAGAAAGCAAUUUAGUGCGUGUUAAAAGAAAAUUAAUGUUACUAUCAUUGUAAUAAGUCAGUCAUAUAAAAUACUUCAUUUUAACUUCUUUGUUAGUAAUCAGUUUUUUUUUUAUAAAAAAUGUUCAACGUUUGCCCGUCGCGUAUAUUAAUAUGUGUAUCACUUUGUUUUGUGAUAAAUAAACCAAUGACAAUUGA